AUGAAAUCAUUCGCUGUGCUCUCCAUCUUGGGAGCUGCGAUCGCACCCGUUUUCGCUGGGGUCGCCCCACGACAGAGCAAGGGCAAACUUACGCCGGUUACCGUGAAAGGAAAUGCUUUCUUCGCGGGCAAUGAGCGCUUCUACAUGCGAGGAGUUGCUUACCAGCCAGGUGGCGCAUCGGAUGCUAAAGAUCCCCUCCUCGACCUAGAGAGCUUGCGCCGUGAUGUCAAGAACUUCAAGGACCUGGGAAUUAAUACCAUUCGCAUUUACACGAUCGACAACUCCAAGAACCAUGAUGAGGGCAUGAAGAUUCUCGACGACGCUGGUAUCUACCUCGCCCUCGACGCGAACACUCCGCAAUACUCUCUCAACCGCGAGUCCAAUGCGACGCUCCACCGAUCCUACAACGACGUCUAUCUCCAGUCCGUCUUCGCCACCAUCGACGCAUUCGCGGACUACAACAACCUCCUCGUCUUCUUCUCAGGCAACGAAGUCAUCAACGCCGUCAACAACACCAAUGCCGCGCCUUAUAUCAAAGCCGUCACGCGCGACAUGAAGCAGUACAUCUCUAACCGCCACUCCCGCAAGAUCCCCGUCGGCUACUCCGCUGCCGACGUCGCCGAAGUUAUCGAGCAGCAAGCCCUCUACUUCGACUGCGGCACCGACGACGCGCGCGCCGACUUCUUUGCCUUCAACGACUACUCGUGGUGCGACAAAGAAGACGGCCUGCAGACCUUCACCGGCGCCGGCUGGAACAAGAAAGUUGAGACGUACAAGAACUUCCCGCGCCCCAUCUUCCUCUCCGAGCACGGCUGCAUCGAGCCCAACCGCCAGUGGGGCGAGAUCGCUGCGUUGUUCAGCACUAAGAUGACGGGCGUGUACUCCGGCGGUCUCGCGUACGAGUACACGGUCGAACCCAACGGCUAUGGCAUCGUCGACAUCAACGGCAGCGGCGACAUCGAGCCCAACGAGGACUUUGAGUCCCUCAAGGCUGCUUACGCCAACGUGACGAACCCGUCUGGCAACGGCGGCGCGAAGACGACAGAGGGAAAGGCCAGCGAGUGCCCACCCGAGAGCGACGACUGGCCGAUUAGCAGCGAGGCCCUGCUUGCGAUGCCCUCUGGUGCGCAAAAGUACAUGGACGAGGGCGCCGGAACUGGACCUGGACUUGACGGCGAUGAGUCUAGCCACUGGGCGGGCGAAGCGAGCGAGGGCACCGCAACAGCCGGAUCAGGGGCCCCUACGCGCACGCCGAAUGGUAGUGCGGCGCCGUCGGGUGGCAGUGAGGGCGCUGCAUUUGCUACGGAGGUGCCGAUGAAGUUUGUCGGCAUGGUUGUCGCCAGCGUUGUGCUUGGUGCUGCGAUGGUGUUGUAG